AUGGAUAUGUUUUGCAGUGUGAUUGUGUUUGCUGAGGAGAGAAGGCUGGAAUUGGGAUAUAUAAGGCACCUUUUCUUACCUGAUGUUGAACCCGGUCAUUUCCUCCAAUAUUGCUGUCCAUGGCUACUUCCUGCCCUUCUUAUCAAUCAAAACAGUUCUGAUCUCGAUUGGGUUGCCUCGGUUACUUGUCAACCUUUGACAGUUCUUAUAAAAAACCACUUCACUUCGAUAUUUUCAGUUUCCAUGGCUUUGCAUUGCAGUAAGAAACCAACAUCAGAGAAGGGAACUGUAGUGCUUCAGAGUUCCAUUUUGCAUUUUGCUCAGAUAUCAGAGAAAGAACGGGACAAGCUCAUAAAAAGGCAUAUGGUGUCUAUUGUCAGCUGUGUUUUAUCUUUGUGCUCUUGUUCGUCAAACGCCAUAGCCCCUUCUUUUUCAAGGGAUACAGUGUCUCUUGAAAUUCAAACAAUAGUUGAUGGAUUUUUGAACUUGGAUGAUAAUCAUGCAAGUGAUUCUGUUGUUGACAAGAUCAAUAUUUUUCGCCCAGAUAGAGUUUUCAUGUUUUUGGUAGAAAUUCAUUAUAAAAUUACAGCAGCAGCUCAUUACAGGCAUAAGUGCCAUCGACUGGCCGGAAUUGAGGUGCUUAUGCAUAUUCUUGGUCAGAGAGCUGCCGUUUUAUGCACUUCUAAGAAUUUAUCUAAAGACGUGACAAGUAUGCUUGGAGAACAGCUCCAGUUUCUUGUUUCGAAGUUGGUGGCAUGUUGCAUUCCUUCUAAAACCAAGGAAUCGAGUGAUAGCACUGCAUCACAAGCUUUAUCUCUGCUCCAUAUGUUAACUGUGGAUUCUGAUUCAUCUUUGUAUGAUUAUGUUAAAGAAUUGGAGCCAUUCCCUGAAUUGAAAAUAUUCGAUGAAAUAAGGAAGUUCCAUGAAGAAUUAUGCCACACUUAUUCAGCAUUGCACAAGAAAUUACUAAAUGUAGAAUGCUUCCAAAGAGGAGGGAAAGCAAAAGGUUUUUUAAAAGACAGAUAUUGGCACGGUGAUCAUGAAAUUGUGCAUGCAGUCUGGAAACUUGUUCACAUGUGUGGUUCUAAUAAUGGAAGUGAAGUUCGUGGAUUGGUUUCAGAUUUCAUUUCUAGGGUUGGUACUGGAGACCCAUACUCUGUUGUUUUCCAUCUUCCUGGCGAGACUAGUCAGUUUCGUCUUGGAAAAUCUAUUGAUACCAGCAGUGCAAAAGAAAUCAGUUCUGACUUGGAUGCAUGCUUAACUGAAGAACUUUUGGUUGUCCUUAUGAAAAUUCUAAUGAAAUAUCUGAUGGAUGAUUCUGUGACAAUUGUUGAUAUGGCAUCACAAACACUUCUUGAAAGAGAGAAAUUAGUAGAAAAUAAGCCAAGAUACCGCUAG